AUGGCAGCUAGGGAAAAGCAGAUAAAUCAAGAGAAGCAGACCUCCAAAAAGACAUCAGAUUAUGGCUCGAAUAGAGACUCACCACUGAGGAGAAUAAGGAGUUUGCAGCCUUCACAAAUAUAUGUUCUGGAAUAUGAAGAGCUAAAAAUGCCCCAAAAGUUUCGCAAAAUUAAAGUGCACCGAACAAUCAGAACCGUGGCAGAUGAUUGA